AUUUCAUACAAAAAAAAAAACAGAACUUAUGAUACAGAUAAUACCAGAUUUAGUUGUUGUCUUGCGACGUUAGUGAUUUUAGAGAUAUUCGGAGCGAUUGCGGAGACUUUCUUUACAUGGACUCUUAAUGUGUAAUCUUAUUUUGCAUCAUAUCCGGUACACGCUUACGGAGGAAAGUUAACGCCAGUAAUUUGAGGGUGUUUAUAAAGGACAUGGAGAAAACGUUACAGUAUUUGAAAUAUUCUGGUUAAAUUUAUAGUUUCAUCAUUGCAUUGGCAAACACCGCUAUGGCUAGGCCUCUAUUCGGUGGAGCAUUAUCAGCUGCUAUUCCACCCAGUGCCCAGGAUAUCAGUGAGUUGAGACAGAUCCCUGAUAACCAGGAAGUGUUUGCUAAUUCUCAGACAGAUCAGAGCAUCAUUAUUGAACUGCUGGAGUACCAGAGCCACGUGCAGGGUGCUGAGGCUGUCAGAUAUCAUUUUGAUGAUGUGGCUGCUAGUAACGGGGCAAUAGAGUCCGGGUCCUGGAAGAUCCAAGGGGUGGAGCAGCUCACCCAAUCGGAGCUGUUAUUACAGGAAUGCAGUUCUGCCUGGCUACUGUCUGGAGCUCAGCUGGUCUCUAAAUUUAAUGAGCAGGCCAAGAACACUGUCAACAUUUACCUGUGCCUGUUUCGCCUGCCACAGUUCACCACUGAUAUCCUGGUGACCUUCAAUGAUCCUGUUUGUAUCGAUCCCCUUAGCAGCAGUGCAGCUGGGUAUGUGGCCGCUGUUCCAUGGACAUUACAGGACUUCCAGAAUGUUCUUCAGUCCUUUCGUCUCCUCAACCCUGGAGUCUUUGGAUAGAUUCUUCACCCAUAAACUGACAGACCAUAAAGACUGUGAUUGAUAUUGAUGAAACCAGCAGGACUGAACAGGUUAAAACAUAUCAAUAGGAAUAAGGUAAAGACGUACCUACUGGAAGGUGACACACACUCAUUUACCAAGUAUUUUCUUGUAGUAUGGCAAUAUACAAUUAUUCAUAUUAAUAAAAAUGCUGUUUUAUCAUGGGAUAAA